AAGAGGGUUGUGGGUGGACACCCAGUAAUUCCGGGGGAUUGGCCCUGGGUGGCCUCUCUACAUUUCAUACCCUGGCAUAACUUCACUGGUCGAUCUGGUCUGAGACAUCUUUGUGGGGGUAGUUUGAUUCAUCCCCAAUGGGUUAUAACAGCUUCUCAUUGUUUGAGUUCUGAUGUAUUUCCUGGUCUCAACAACCCGGACAAUUGGAUUGUAGCUCUGGGUGAAAAUGAUCAGACGACUGACGAUGGAACUGAACAGUUCCUGGAAAUCGAGAAGAUUAUAAGACACCCACUAGCCCAGUGUAAAGGACCAUUCCUGUAUGACAUAGCUCUAGUAAAGUUAAAACAACCCGCAGCUCUGUCAGACUAUGUUAAUGUGGUUUGUUUGGAUACAAUGGGUGAUUUCCCUGCAGGAUCACAUUGUACAGUAGCUGGUUGGGGACAAGACACGAUGGAGACGCCUGGCACCAAGAUACCAUUCAAGGCCAUUCUACCCAUAGUGAAUUCAACAGAUUGCCGUAAUAAAUAUUAUUCCCUUCCUGAUUAUGAUGAAGCAACAUCAUUGGUUAAAAUCGACAACUCUGUUCUAUGUGCUUCGUCUGAAAACGGUGGAAAGGAUGCAUGCUGGGGAGAUUCUGGUGGUCCAUUUUUCUGUGAGAAAGAUGAUAAAUGGUACCAAGUUGGUAUUGUAUCUAUUGGUUAUGAAUGUGGAAAUGUCGAGUUUCCAGGCAUCUAUACCAGAGUAUCUCAUUACAAGGACUGGAUAGCCCAGACACUGGCAAAUAAUUAA